AGUUCUCGUUGUCGUUGUCAGAUCUUUCUAUUUUCAAUGGUUGGCCACAGUUUGCUUGGGAACCGCUUUUAAGCCUCCCUGACCAACCUUGAAACGAGAUGUAAAGUAUUGCAAGUUAUUCGUACUUAAAACUUACUGCGCCCUCCUCUUUCUUUCGUCCCCUUGUAGGUUUAUAUUUCUUGUUAUUUCGUGUUUCCUUAUUUUUUUCUUCUUAUAUUUCUACCUCAUAGACUAUUAGAACGGGUUUCAUUUGUCUUUUUCCCUUGUCUGUUUCUGUUACAAUACCAAGACCAGAUAUACAAUACGUAUAAUACAUAAAAUAGGCAAUAUGGUUUCUUCAUUAUGUACAUUCUUGACAGCCGCUGCUGCUCUCGUAGCAACAGUACAUUCUAUACCACAACAAGCUUCUUCAGUCGCUCUAGCAAGUUCUAGUACGACGAUAUCGACUGCCUCACCCACUUCUUCCGCAGCCUCGACAACAGCCUGCAACAACUCCCCCGACCUAUGUGGCCGAUCUUACAGCAAUGUCACCCAUAUGGGUGCCCACGACUCAUCCUUCCUCCGAGAUGCGAGCACGAGUAAUUCCAUAGCUGGUAACCAAUUUUUCAACGCAACAGUUGCCUUAGACGCCGGAAUCCGGUUAUUACAAGCUCAGGUCCACGAUAAGAAUGGUGUUAUCGAACUAUGCCAUACCUCAUGUAGUUUACUCGAUGCUGGUCCGCUUCAGGACUGGUUAGCUACUAUUAAGACAUGGAUGGACGACAACCCGAACGAAGUCGUCACGCUCCUCCUCGUUAACUCAGACAACAAGGACGUGGCCCAAUUCGGAACUGUCUUCGCCGGUUCUGGUAUCGAUAAAUACGGAUACGUACCGUCGGGCAACGAGUGGCCAACCCUACAAGAGAUGAUCACCGCAAACACCCGCCUAGUGAGCUUCGUCGCUUCUAUCAGCGCCAACACGCAAUACCCCUACCUCCUAAAUGAAUUCGACCAUGUCUUCGAGACCCCCUUCGAAGUCACUUCGCUCUCGGGCUUCAACUGCACGCUCGACCGCCCCUCCUCCCAAGCCUCCGCCGGUGCCGCUGUCCAAGCCGGUCUCCUACCCCUCAUGAACCACUUCGCAGACAACCUCCUCGCGGCCUCGAUCAUGGUUCCCAACGUUGAUAACAUCACUGUCACCAACAGUCCCUCGACUUCUACCAUCGGUAAUUUGGGUCUACAUGCGCAUAACUGCGGUUCGGAAUGGGGUAUCAACCCGGUCUUCGUUUUAGUCGAUUUCUUCAACGAAGGCCCCUCAAUCCAAACAGCCGAUAACCUCAACGGUAUCACAGCCGUCGGCCGAUCUACCUCCGCCAUAACAGCGGCGACGGUCACUACCGAUGCCGCCCCCAGACUUCACGGUGUUAGUGUGGGCAUGGUGGCACUAGUCGCUUUCCUAAGCGCCUCGUUAAUCCUUGCCUAAGGAAUUAAAAACAGAAUAAAAUCACAGGAUAGAUAGAGAUGGGAAUAUGGGUUUAAUUUGUUUGUUUGACUGGCUGCAUAGCGAUGGCGUUCUAUUGCAUUUAGAAAGCGUAUUCUGGUUUUUUUUUUUAAGAUCACUUCACAUAAACAUCUGGGUCACUAGAUAGAACAGGCUGGUGGCUACGCAGGUAUUUAUUAUCGCGAGGAUUUAGAUUGCGUGCGAGAGGGCAGUAUAUUACAACAUAAAAUGCUCUCUGAGAUGAGCUCUAGAAUUGAGAACUCAGAAUUACAUAGAUGUAAUUAAAAUAACCACUAAAGAAAGGACCAUUUUAUCGUCCGUUUUGUUUACUUCGUGUGAUAGAAUAUGCUUUCCAUCGUCUUGUUAAACUUAUAUUCACGAUCGAUAAUUUACCAUGUCAGUGAGAAUCUAGUGAAUCACUAGACAUGGCA